AUGCUCAAAUUUGAUUUAUAUCGGAAGUUGCCAUAGGAUUUAAUUGAGCCAUCAAAAUCAGGUGCAUUGAUCUCCUUUACAUCAUUGAUUUUGAUGUUUAUAUUAUUUAUUACAGAAUUUUAGGAAUAUCUGACUCAACAAGUGUAAACUGAGAUGUAUAUCGAUUAAAACAAGGACGACACACUUUUAGUGAAUAUGGAUAUCUCAUUUCCCAACAUGCCAUGUGAUUUCAUAAGUAUUGAUCAACAAGAUGUAAUUGGCACUCAUUAAUAAAAUGUUAAAGGUGAGUUAUUGAAAAAGAGAAUACUGAAUGGAAGGGUUAUUGAUACAUACUUAUCAAACAAUGAGACAUUGAAUUUAGAGAGAGCCUAAAAAGCAUAUGAUUAAAAGGAAGGUUGUGAAAUGACAGGAUAUAUCAUAAUUAGUAGAGUUCCUGGAAAUUUCCAUAUAUCUGCUCAUUCAUAUGGAGGAUAAGUUAAUAUAGUAUUGCCAUUUGUGGAAAUGUCAACAAUCGAUUUGUCGCAUACAAUUAAACACUUGUCUUUUGGAAAUUAAAAUGACAUAUAAAAAAUCAGAGAGAAGUUCUAAUAAGGGUUGCUCAAUCCCCUAGAUGGCAUAAGCAGAAUAAAGACUUAGGAACUUAAGAACGUGGGAGUGACUCAUCAAUAUUAUAUUUCAAUUGUGCCUACAAUCUAUGUUGACAUCGACAAUAGGGAAUAUUUUGUCAACCAAUUCACGGCGAAUACGAAUGAGGCUUAGACUAAUUCAAUGCCUGCGAUAUACUUUCGAUAUGACAUCUCUCCUGUUACUGUUCAAUUUACUAAAUACUAUGAGACCUUCAAUCAUUUCAUCGUCCAACUUUGCGCUAUUUUGGGAGGAGUAUUUACAAUAGCUGGGAUCAUAGAUUCUGUAUUUUAUGCAUUAUAGAAGACGAAGGUAGUGUUGGAUUAGUGAGAGUGAUAGAUAAAAUUAAAUUAUAUAUUGGCAUACAUCUAUGUGAUUAUUUUAA